UCACUCAAGCAUGGGGUGGAAUCAGCUGACUUUUGAUAGUUCCAGCAACACCGCGCCAGAGUCGACCAGACCUACAUUCAACAGGCUACGGCUCCGAGUGACAGACAUGGUACGAGAAUACUGCUAAAGCUGGAUUGUGAUAAAAUAACUUAAACUGUUUAAACAUUACCGUACGACAAGGAGAAACAAGUCGAAAGGGGCUCGUUGUGAUAAAUCUACCGGUUCACCCUCCUGACUCGCUUUGACUGUAGUUUUAUGACCAAUGUAGUUUAUGUCUGGAGUGACGAAGUGUUUUCGUUCUCUUUCUUUUUUUAUUUCCUACUAUUACUGCGCAUGAGUAACUGUUUUGUGUGGAGGUAUAUGUGAGAGUUGGAUCGGUAGCCUUUUAUUUUGCUGUUAUUAUGGCCGAAGCAGCCCAGCAGCAGUUGGUGGAGAUCGACCCGGAUUUCGAGCCGCUCUCACGGCCCCGUUCGUGUACCUGGCCACUGCCGCGACCGGAGUUCAUCAACCCAGCCAACUCAAACACAUCAUCGCCGGCUCCUUCCGUCAAGCAGGAGCCGAGUGGCAAUGCCGACUUCAUUAACAAUCUCAGUUUAUUAGAAGAGACUGAAGACUACCCGGAGCAGAAACCCCUCGUCCUGUGCAAUGAUUUUCAGUGUCAGGAGAGCUGCAUCCACCAGCAGACACAGCAACAUCAGCAGCAACAGCAGCAUCAGAGUCCCCAGCUCCCACACCAGCAACAGGUGCCCCUGCUCUCCUCUCCGGUCGGAUCAGCCUCCUCAGUGGCCGCCGCCGCUGCUCAGCGGAAGAGCAGCUCGUCUCGUCGCAAUGCCUGGGGAAAUAUGUCUUACGCCGAUCUCAUCACUAAAGCGAUCGAGAGCUCCCCGGAGAAGCGUCUCACCUUGUCACAGAUUUACGACUGGAUGGUGAAGAGCGUGCCUUAUUUCAAGGACAAGGGCGACAGCAACAGCUCUGCUGGCUGGAAGAACUCCAUCAGGCACAACCUGUCCCUGCACAGCCGUUUCAUUCGGGUGCAGAAUGAGGGGACGGGGAAGAGCUCCUGGUGGAUGCUGAACCCGGAGGGGGGAAAAAGCGGAAAGUCCCCCCGCCGCCGUGCUGCUUCCAUGGACAACAACAGCAAGUUCGCCAAGAGCCGCGGACGAGCUGCCAAGAAAAAGGUGUCCCUUCAAGGAGGGCCGGAGGGCGGUGCAGACAGCCCUGGGUCCCAGUACUCAAAGUGGCCCGGCAGCCCCAACUCCCACAGCAAUGAUGACUUUGAAGCCUGGAACAGUUUCCGGCCCCGCACCAGCUCCAACGCCAGCACCCUGAGCGGGCGACUCUCACCCUUCAUGCCCGAGCAGGACGACCUGGGCGACGGGGACGUGCACCUGGUCUACCCCGGGGGCUCGGGGGGCAAGAUGACGGCCACCCUGCCCAGCCUGUCAGAGGUGACCGGGUCGCUGGGCCACCACAGCUCGGAGAACGUCAUGGAGAACCUGCUGGGCAACCUCAACUUGCUGUCCCCAAAGAACUCCCAGGUGGGGGCGGGGGGGGCCGGCAGCGGCUCCUCCCAGUCCUCCCCUUCCUCCAUGAUGCAGACCAGCCCCAGCUACCCGCCUUACAGCUCCCCCAGCAUGGGCUCUCAACCCCAGCAGGACUACCGCAAGUGCCUGUACGGCCAGGCCGGCAUGAACACCCUGUCCCCCAUCCCCAUGCAGACCCUCCCGGAGAGCAAGCCAGGCUUUGGCCCCUCUCUGGGCCAGUACAACUGCCCAGCCGGGCUUCUGAAGGAGCUGCUGACCUCGGACGCUGACCCCCACAGUGAACUCAUGCCCUCUGUGGAGACAGUGGUGUCCCAGUCCAGCGGGGGGCACAUGCUGCCCCCCUACGGCAGUGGCCAGCAGGGGCACGGAGGCAAGAUGAUGAGCGGUGGGGGGUCGCACCCUCACCCGCACCCCCACGGCGUGCGCGGCCAGGCCCCGCCGACGUCGGUGGCCAUGAACGGGCGCACCCUGCUCCCCCCGACCAGCAUGAGCCACGGGGUGGGCCUGGCUCGCCUGGCGACCGUGAAGACUCCCAUGCAGGUCUCCUUCGGCCCCUCAGUCCACCUCCCUGGGGGAGUGCUGCCCAGCUAUUGCACCCCCAACAGCAACGGCUACGGACGGCCUGGCCUGCCCCAGCCACACCACCCCGAGAAGCUGCCCAGCGACCUGGACGACAUGUCCAUCGAGCGCUUCGAGUGCGACGUCGAGUCCAUCUUGCACGACACCCUCAUGGACGGAGACACCCUGGACUUUAACUUUGACGCCAUGGGCACCCCUCAAGGGUUCCCCCUCAGUGUGAAGACCACCACACACAGCUGGGUGUCAGGAUAGGGGACAGAGACACAGAUGCACAGAUACAGGUUAAAUCUGAAAUUCCAUUUCAGCCUGAGCUGGGCCUUCGUCAGGAAAAUGGAAAACAGUGAUCCAAAGACAGAGAAGCUAUCUUCAUCCGCACUCAUCUCAGUUGUUUUUUUCAGUUUUUAUAGAGACAAUAGAAAGCAUUGUUUUUCUCAAAAUUCAAUCUCUUCUCGGCAGACGUGGUGAUGUUUGACCUUGUCAUCUCUGGGACAUUUGUCGACUGUGUUCAGGUUGUAUGCUGGUUUAGAUUUUUUAGCCCCAUUGCCAUUGGAACUUGUACAACAACCAAGUGCCAAACUCUUCGUGUGAAACUUCAGAGCCAAGUUUAUUUAUGUUGCUUUUUUCAGACCUAGAAAAUCAAUGGUAAGCACUCUCUCUGACAGAAGUGCCAGUGUGACUCCUGGAUUAUAGCUGCUCACACCCUCUAUUGCUAAGAUUUCUCCUGCCAUAAUAUGUGCAUUAUCUGGCAAAAGCUAGAAAAACUGGAGCUGAAGCAGGGUAACAAUUUUGCCGUUCUUUCAAAUAUCAGACAUUGGAGAGACGUAUUGUGGACGUUCAGAGUGUUGAGGGUUUAUUUGUGUUGAUUUCUUCAAGUUUUAAGGUGUCCUUUUGACAUAUACGGUGCUCCUUAUGGCAUGAGAAACUUUGUGAGUGAGAGGCCACUUGUAGAUAUCUGAUACCCACAGCCAGCUGAUUGCCCUCAGAUUGUCUCCUAUUCCAUUUUUUCUGUAACUCAAUUGAAUUGGCAUCAGAGGUGUCGUGUAACUGUCAUUCAGAAAUGUCUUAAUUCACUCAUGCAGCACAGAAGAGUACCGCUGUGUGAACACAAUCUGUUCAACCUGCCUCGGUCAGGGUUACUGGGAAAACUGGCCUAUGCGUUUAGGUUUUGAGGAAGAUGAGCAUGUAAAUACUGCUGCCAGGACUUGAUUGGUCAAAGCAGGACCUGAAAUAUGUAAAUGAGUCUGUCAGGGACUCCUGGACAAUGUUACAUCAUGACACAUUUUUUGUGUUGCUUAUUUUACUUUUUAAAUGUUUUAUUUGAACUACAUUUACUGGUAGUAUGUUUAGUAUUGUACAGCAAGUUUACAGAAUCAAGACAAAAAUACAAAAUCAGGGCAGUACAUGCAUUUAACUUUGAAAACCAGAAAGAAAGAAGAAAACUGGAUUUGACAGGACGUUUCGUUUUUCAAUCAGGUGGGAUCAUUCUCACACUUGAGGGUGCUUUUCAAUGAGGCUGUUAACAAGGUUAUUUCCUAUAUAUAUUUUCAUGUAAAUAAUUGAAACGUAUAUUGAAAAGUAUAUAGAUUAUAUAUAUAUUUGAGAUGCAGAAGUUAUUUUAAAUUUUUACUGAUUUUUAUUGUUGUUUAAUCGUAGCUUCUGCUCCCUAGCUUGCGUACAUUGCAGUGGUUCUGGAGGUCUCUUUUUUUCUUCACACAAAGUUUUUUUUAGUCUUAAAAUCAUCAUGUCCUCUUGAUUGUGAUGACAUUUGUUUGUCAGGAUUGUUUCAGAGUUGUUAAUCAAAUCCUCAGGCUGCGCAUGCUCCUACAGCAAGGGACAGAAGUGAAAGAGGCCCCAUUUUCAGUAGAAACGUUGCCUGUUAGCCUAAGCCUGCUAAGCCAGGUGCUCUGUAAUCUUUUUCCUUUAAAUGUGCCCUUGAACUGGAUUUUCUGUCAGAUUCUCCUUAUCCUUAGUUCUCUAAAGGACUAGUAACUGAGUAUCUGCAGUGCCUUGCUCUGUAGAAGUGCAUGUGAGGGGGCUAUAAGGGGUGUGGGUGUGUUUGUGAUUGUUUUUUGUGAUAUCUUGUGGAGCAAGCACAUGGGCCCCAACCAUCAAAACAUGGGGACAGGGAAAGGAACAGAGCUUAAGCACUCUGUUCUCUGUUCAGGUUCAGUUGGAUUGAUAGAAUGAAAUAUCCAUGUUUUUUUUUUUUGCAAGACCACAUCUCCCCCAUCUUCCUCCCACAAACUUGAAUUGUAGUAAUUUCCUCCUCUCCAUCUCUGUGCCCUGCUGUUUGAUUCCUGCCUUGUACUCAUUGGUCAGGACCAAGUUACCCUCCCACUGAAGCCCUGGUGCAGUUUAUCUGUGUGUGUCAAUGCAACUUUCUACCUUAAUGGUUUCAGAACCCCUUGGUUGUUUUCAGGUGGAAUACCAUACUGGUGCCUUUCAUCCAUAACCUCUGCUCUCUCUUUCAUCUCGCUCUUUCUUGCUUUCUCUCCCUCACAUUCUCCUCACUCUCUUUCAAUGGCUUUCAGAGCACAGUAUGCAUUAGGAGGCGUCUGCUGAUGUAGGUGCAAUGAUGUGAAACGCUGAUAUUGAAGACCGUAAUGGACUCACUGUGCUGAAUAUAAAGGUUGCGCCCCAUCUUUUUCCUGGCCUGUUAAGUGUUACUUAACCUAAUAGAGGCAUGUACAUGGCAUUUUAGGUGUAGAUUUUUUUUCUUUACAUUUUUAAAGAAGGUUUUUUUUCAUUUAAGAAUGCAUAAUGUUUAUUACAGAAGACAUAUGCAUGUACAUACACAUAGAUUUGCUUGUAUGUAUAUAAAUAUUUAAAAGACACAUAUUCUCGUUGUUGCAUAUCAUUAGGGAGUCCUCCAGUCAAUGUAUAGAUAAUAUGUAGUGAAAUCUAAAUAGCUGGAAAUGAGACUCACAUUGUCAUGUGUUUAGAGAUCAUUGAAAGUAAGGAAACCUCAAUGUUAGAAUUGAAAAACACUCGCUUCAAUUCCCCUCUCAAAAUUGAAGAGAAAGCAUACUGUGGUUAAUUAUGGACCUACAGGGCAAUGUCUGGGCUGGGCACUGUAUUCGUAUGAAUAAAAGAUCCCAGCUGUGAUUUAGAUGAGACUGUGGUUGUACAUGAAAUGUAAAUUUUAAUUCAGUGAUUUAUAAACAACUUAGCAAAAAUUAAUGUUGGUUGUGAAACUUACUAGUUUGACAAUAACAUAAUCAUGGUUUGGAGGAAGGAGCUGGGGGAAGCUAGUGACAGUGGUGUUACUACUACAGCCAGAUCAUACAUCUGGAGGUAAAAGAGUUUUACUAUAUAUUUCAUGCUGUGCUACAAGCACAGCUGUACCACAGAGGUCACUCAUUUCAGACCAUAAAACAUAUUCUCCUGCUCCAUAAACAACACAGCCCCUUUAAGCACACAGUAAACAGAACCAUUAUAAAGAUAUUUAAAAAGGAAAAAAUCAGAUCUAUAUUAUGAAAAGUGUAAAUGAUUGCUUUGUGAAUUGUGCAAAUGAUAUCACCUAUGCAUUCUUUUUCUUUAAUAUUUUGUUUGUACUGAUGAUGAAAAUGAAAUGGUUAUAUUGUACUAUAGAGUUGUGGAGAUAUUUUAUGUCACUGUCACAAUUGUAUUUGUUUUGAAUAGUAUCUGAGAAAAAAAAUGAAGUAUAUAGACAUUAGAUGAUGCAAUGAUUCAAGUGCUUUGCUUUUUUGGUAAACUGACACUGUUAUUGUUUCUAACUGCAGUUUGUAAGAAAAACCUAAAAUGUAGAAAAAAAUAAAUAAAAGAAGCUUAUUGUUGAUAGUAGAAAAAAACAUCAGCUAUCUGUUGGACAAUCCCUGUUUGGAUGGUGGACCUUUGGACCAAUUUUUAUAAAUUGAGAAAAAUGAAUAUAUUGUAUUGCACUUCUUUAUCUCAUGUUUUAUUAUGAGUGCUACUUAUGGAAAGAAAAAAAUAACUUAUUUUAAAAUCAAACUGUUACAUCUCUUAACUUAUGUACAGUAAAGAUUUACAAUUUUAUUAUGUAAUUUGCGAUCAAGAAGACUAAAUUUGCAAUAUAUGUAUUGGUAAGAAUAAUGAAAAUAAACAUCCAUUUGUUUAA